UAAAUGUUUUCACUUUCAGGAUGUCUUCUUGAUGAUCAAGCGUCAGAAGACGACCAUCUUCACUGAUGCAAAGGAGACAAACACUGUAUUUGAACUGAAGCGAAUCAUUGAGGGCAUUACCAAGAAGUCACCAGAAGACCAACAGUUGUACAAGGAUGGAGACACACUAGAUGAUACCAAGACACUGGGAGACUGUGGACUAACAAGCAACACUGCCAAGGCACAAGCACCAGCCAUGCUUGGGCUUGCCUUCAGAGAAUGUGAAGGUGCUGACUUUGAGCAAUUAAACAUCACACCCUACUCCAAUCCCCCAGAGCUGCCUGACGUUAUGAAGCCAUCAGAUUCCACAACCAACACAGUAGAUCAACCAGUCCAAUAGAUCAGUAAAUGUUCAUUUAUCCUUUUAGGCUGGAAUUAAGUCAUAAUAGACAUUUCUAAUAUCUUUGUCAAGACUUAUAAAAGCAGUAGCUAACCUGGAUGAUGUUCUUUAUGACCAGCAAGGUGGCCAACGAAACUUUAUCAUAUUUUCACAAGUGGUCAAUAUAUAUAUAUUCUUAAGUUUCAUGCUACCAAGUAAUUCAUUGCCAGGUAAAAUAAAUACUUGCAGUCUGCUUUGUGUUGCAGAAACACAAGCUUUAUUCUAUUUUGUUUGUCACUCUGAAUGUGCAUAAGUACAAGGAUAAUUUUAGUUUUCUUCCUCAGCUUUAUCAUAUAUUCAGGAAUAGUUUCACCAAAUCUCAAAGGAGUCCUUCUUUGGUGGCAUAUUGUAGGGUAACAUUUAAAUGCAUUGCGAUUGAUUGUUGGCUAAAUUGCGCUUUUGAUAGUUUUGUGAAACUUGCCCUGGGCCUAUGACAGAAAAGAUAAUCAAUUGUACAAUUAAUCAUAUGUGUAUUAUAUAUGGCAACCAUGUAAAAAAAUUACUAUCAAUGGUGAAUAUAGACUUCAUCUCUUUAUAUAACGGGCCCUGAUGAGUUGCAUUUGUUCCAAAUUUUGUUCCGCAUUCUGCACACUAUGGUGACUAGAUGUACCUUGGUUCUAAAAGGUACUAAAUCUGUCUAUCACUUAUAAUAAAAUGCAUUUGUUUACCAGACAUUUGUGGAAAAAUAACAUUAUAAAUUGCAUUUUCUCACGGCUGUUAUUGAAGUUAUAACUUCUGUUCAAAGACAGGCCCACACCUGCAACUGUCUGAUAUCAAUAACUGGAGUUUUAAUCCAAUGUAUUUAGUAUCUUUUGGAAUCGAUCUCUCCAUGUAUGCAGAGGGUAUAUAUUAGAUAGCAUUAUUCUGUCUAUUUUAUAUAUUUGUUUUGAGAGUAGAUACACUUUGUUUGAAUUAUUUUUUUCUGUCUUUUGUACUUCAUUUUGUAUGCUUGAAAGACUGAUUACAUGCAACUUCUAUGUGCUUUUCAGUUCUACAUGAAAUUUAUCUUAUUUAUAUUAUACAGUUCCACAUAACAUGAAAUAUGAACACUGAAUCUGUGUCUAUAGCUUGGUUAAAAUACAAGACUUGUUGAACGAAAGAUGUUUAUAUUUAUGCCUGUAUUUCGGCAAGUGAUAGAAUUUCUGCUUAGCUCCUGGCGUCAUAUUUUACUACUAGCUAUAUGAAGAAUACAUUGAUAAAGUUAACGAAUAUAAUUGGUGCAUUUUGCUACUUGUUUAUUGUUGUUUUGCAGUUCUUAUUGAAAUGUUUUUUCAAUACGAAGCAGAUUUUUAAAUUACUGCUACCCUUUCCUACAAUUCUUGAUAGUGAAAUCAAUGUGCCCUAGAAGAGGGGUCCUUAUAUUUAAAAGCUUUGGUAGACUACACCCCAUCAACCCCUACCAGGGCUCAAAGAGCGGGCCCCUGGAAAGCAUGCUGUGAUGCUUUGCACCAAUGCCAUUUAAGGUAAACAUGACUGAAUGACUAUGACAAAUUUUAAUCUAUUUGAAGUUUCAUGAAUGUACGUUUGAUGCACUCUUGCAUUUACAUACAAGAGUGCAUCAAAUAUUAUCCAAGUUAAAGUUUGAAUUGUUGUGUGCUGUAAAGUUUAUGAGAUGAUGGCAUUCCUUGCUCUGGUAAUUUUUUUUUUAGAGAAGUAAUCUGAAGUUCCACAAAAAUAAAUUUUGUCAGUGAUAUCCAAGAGAGAAAAAGAGAUUGAUUGUACAACUGGUAAGUAGGCAGAUUGUGACAAGAUUUAAUCCUACCUGAAAAAACAAAAUCAAAUUCAAAUGUUAUACUUAAAUUAUUAUAAUUCAGCAGUCAAAAUGUGAAAUAUUUGGUGUUGCUAGGUCAGAAAGAGCUGAUAUUACUAUUUAUAUGGUUUUUAAAAAUCCAAUUAUGAAUAACUUGUUUGUAGCCUUUCAAAGCAUACAUGUACUUUCUUACCAAAGCCUUUUUGAUAAAAAUGGGACUUUCUGUCUUAUACAGCCAGGUGCAUGGCAGAAUGAAAAAGGGCAAUACAUGGAUGGGUUAUAAAUUUUUCAGGGCCUGCUUGAAGAACUACCCUAAAUGUCUCAUGGUCCAAAGAUUGCAUUUAUCCAUUGUCAACCUCAAUCACAUUGUGUAGAUUUUUAUUGCAGUAUUUUUUCAUGUAAUAAUUAUCAAGCACACUAGAGAAUCUUCUUUUUAGUUUCACUGGUACGCAAGAGAAAAAUAUAUGUAGCCAUUGUUCAGUUGUAUUGAACACUUAAUAGAAAUGAUACAUAUAUUAUUGAUAGGCUGGCUUUUGAUGUACAAUGUAGUUCUAUAAAUUCAGAAUGUUAGAUAAUGUACAGAAUCUUUGAUAUGAUUGUGCACACAUUUCCUGACGAGAAAGCUAAUCAAAGAUGUUUGUUGAAAGUAAAAUAAAACAAGUUCCUAGAAAGUUGUUUGUAGUGAUUCUGAUACUAGCUAUUAUAAUUAUUUUUUUUAUGAUGGGUAUACAUAUGAUGGGAUAAAUUAUUUUACUCUACAUAGUUUGGGCAUGAUCAAUCAUACUUGCACAUAAAAGGAGCUUUAGUGUAUAUGUGCAAGUAUUAUAUGAAAUGUAAACAUACAUGUAAGAAAGAAGUAAAUCUGUUCUGUUUGUAUCUAUUUCUGUGAAUUUUUUCAUUUUUUAGAUUGAAAUAAAUACAUUUAUUUCAAAAUGUA